AUGAAGACACUUCUGGUUGGGCUCCUGCUUGGUCUGGCAUACGUGGAGUUGGCCCAGUCCUUACGAUGUUACACGUGCAAGGAACCGACAGAUAUCGCCAAGUGCAGAACAGCCACCCUGUGCCCCCCGAAAGCCACCGUGUGCACAACAACGCUGCACUCCGUAGACUCAGGUUAUCCUUUUUUCGGCAACAUCACCGUGACCAGAAGUUGUGAGGAGGAAUGCAUCUCCAGUGACGGGAUAGGAGCAUCCAAACCCAAGUCAUGCUGCUACAGUGACCUCUGCACAGAUGACACCAAGAGCAGCAAUGGGGUGGGAAGCAGCUCUGCAACACUAGGUCUGAUGACCGUGGUUGUUGGCACGCUCCUCCAGUACGUUCUGUAA